AUGGACACUUCCAUUAAGAAUAAUCUUAAUAUACUCGAUUUACCCGAUGAAAUAUUACUCAUCAUUUUCAAUAAACUGAAUAGAAUCGAUGCUCUCUAUUCGCUUGUGGACGUUAAUAAACGAUUUAAUCGAUUAGUACUUAAUUCACUUCAUAUUCGCAAUCUUGAUACGACCAGCAUGGUCAUAAAAUCAUAUUAUGAUCGUAGAUUUUCAAUAGACAAUAAUAUUCUAUCGAAAAUAUGUGAAAAAAUCUUACCUCGAAUUCAUCAUCAAUUAAAUCAACGUAUCGUUGAACAAAAUUCAGUGAAACAUAUUCUUCUUACUGGUUAUUAUCCUCAACUCGACUCGUUAUCACUUGUUAAUUUUCAAAAAGAAAUACUUUUUCAAUAUUUAACAGGUACAUUAUUUGUAUUAAAUAAUAAAAUGUAA